AUGGGUUGGAGAGGGAUUCUGGGUUUUGAAUACGGUAUAGUUCAGGCUCCAUUAGGCCCUGAUAUUUCUGGUCCUCACCUUGUAGCUGCAGUUGCCAAUGCUGGUGCUCUUGGGCUUCUUAGGGCCCCUGAUUUGGAAUCGCCGGAUUACUUGAGGGGACUCAUAAAGACGACCAGGACCUUAACUGAUAAACCUUUCGGGGUUGGUGUCGUUCUAGCCUUUCCUUUUGAGGAGAAUUUGAAGGUCAUUUUGGAAGAAAAAGUUGCAGUCUUGCAAAUUUCCUGGGGUGAUUGUACAAGAGAAUUGGUAAAUAAGGCUCAUUCCGCUGGGGUCAAAGUUGUUCCUCAAAUCGGGGACAUUGAAGGUGCGAAACAGGCAAUUGAAGCAGGUGUCGAUGGGAUAAUUGUACAAGGAGUUGAAGCUGGUGGGCAUGUAAUCGGUCAGGAUGGUAUAAUUACAUUGGUGCCAAGGGUGGUCGAUCUUGUUGGUGACCGAGAUAUACCAGUUAUUGCAGCUGGAGGAAUUGUGGAUAGUAGGGGUUAUGUUGCUGCUCUAGCACUUGGUGCUCAAGGAGUCUGUCUAGGCACUAGGUUUGUGGCAACUGAGGAAAGCAAUGCUCAUCCUACAUACAAAAGGAAAUUAGUUGAAUUUGAUGAGACUGCAUACACGGAUGUAUUUGGGAGAGCAAGGUGGCCUGGUGCCCCUCAUCGUGUCUUGCAGACACCUUUCUAUAAGGAAUGGAGAUCGCUUCCUGCACAUGAAAAUGAAACCAACCAACCUGUCAUUGGCCAUACAACAAUCAACGGCGUGGACAAAGAUAUUCCACGUUUUGCAGGUGCUGUCCCGAACAUGACAACUACAGGAGAUCUCGAGAGCAUGGUGAUGUAUGCUGGCGAAGGUGUUAGUCUCAUCAAGAAAAUUUUACCUGCUGCUGAAGUGGUAAAGGAGCUAGUUCAAGGGGCUCAACUUAUAAUACAGAAAAGCUUCAAAUAG